AUGGACUUCUUCAACUCAGCUCUUGGAAAAAACAUCACUUUUGUGCGUCCUGAAUAUUUCAUCAUAAGUGGAUUUAUUGGCAUACCUAAUAUCAAUUAUUACUAUGUAUUCCUCUGCUUUGUUUACAUGGUUUCAGUGUUGGGAAACACAGCUGUGAUGGCCAUAAUAUACUUGGACUAUAAACUGAGAACUCCCAAAUAUAUUGUAGUUUUUAAUUUAGCAUUUGUGGACCUGUGUGGUAGCUCUGCUCUGGUGCCAAAGGUUCUUGACAUCUUUCUGUUUAACCAUCAGAACAUCCCCUACGCUGACUGCAUGGCUUUUCUUUUUUUCUGCUACACGUGCCUUUCAAUGCAGGUUCUUAAUCUAGUUGCACUGUCGUAUGACAGACUGAUAGCUAUCAUGUACCCACUGCACUAUCAAGUGAAGGUGACCCACAGGUCCAUGCUGUCUCUGAUUGUCUGUUUCUGGGUCUUUGUUAUUUCUGUUUUACUUAUUGCAGUGGGCCUUCUAACAAGACUUUCCUUCUGUAAGUCUGUGGUUAUUAACAGCUAUUUCUGUGACCACGGACCCUUAUAUCGGCUGGCCUGCAAUGACAACAAACCUAACAGUGUGAUUAGUGUGUUUUUAAUUGUGCUACUUCUUUGGCUUCCACUCUCAUUUAUUCUGUUUAGUUAUUCAUUCACAUUUACUAUGCGUACAAAUAUAUCUCAAAAUGCCAGGAUCAUAAACCUGUCUCUGACCUCUGUUUUUCCUCCAAUGCUGAACCCAAUCAUUUAUGUUUUGCAGACACAAGAAAUCAAAGAAUCUAUGAAAAAAAUAUUAAAAAUCAGAAACAAGUCAAAAGUUACGGUGAAGAGAGAAAUCAUAAAGUGAUUAUUUGUUUUAGUUGUGCUUACGUGGAAACACAUUAUUGUGAUCAAAGUUUGUCUCUGUGCAGGUUGUCUUGAAGGAGUCUACUUUAUAUUAGAAAACCAAUGUUGUCUAUAAUUUAAUAUUUUACUGCAUAAUCAAAAGCAUACAAAUAAACCAACUUUGAAUUC